UAAACCAGCUUACUGAUACUCCUCAUCCUGGAAAAGGUGAAGUUAUGUUAUUCUCAAGACAACCUAUAGUUGGUCCCCUUACCCCAUGCAGUAUCCUUGCAGGUCAAAUGAUCAAAUGGGUAAAGAAGACGAAACUUUUGGGGACUGUCAUUGUCAUUGAUCACAAACUGAGUUGGAGUGAUCAUAUGUCAGAACUACGAUUGAGCUUUGUUAACAAAAUCAAAAAUCAUCAAAGAAUGAAUAUCAACUUUGAAUGA